AAAAUGGAUCUAAAAUGUGUUUUAAUAUCUGACUUUGAAAAAGUUUGUCGUAUUUGUAUGAAAUUUAACAAAACAUUUUUAUCGAUUAACUCGUUUAAAAUAGUUGAAAUGAUAAUAGCAUGUGCUUCUGUACAGAUUUGGGAGAAUGAUGAUUUACCAAAUCAAAUAUGUAACGAAUGCUUUCUUCAACUACAAAAUACCAUUAAUUUUAAACAAUUAUGUGAAAACUCAGACAACGCAUUUCGUCAAAUUAUUGAACAGAAUAAAAAUAAUUUAUGGAACAACCAAAACGAUUCGGAUAACGUGAAAAAUGAAGAAUUAGAUGUCUCAAAUUUUCCAAUAUAUAUCAAAGAAGAAGAUGAUGUUGAAAAUAUUACAAAUGAAAAUAUCGAUUAUUACAAAAAAUCAAAAAUUGAAGAAACGGUAGAAAUUAAAAAUGAAGAUAAAUCAGAAUUGAAUAGAAUAAGAACCAGAAAAAAAACCAUUCAACAUAAAUUCGAAGAAGAGAGUGAUGGCUGUGAAAAUAUAAAUGAUGCAAGUGAUAGUGAAAAUGAAAAAUUUAGUGAUGAAAGUGAUAGUGAAAAUAUAAAAGAAGAAAGGGAAACUAUGGAUGAAAAACCGGAUUGGAAGUGUGAAACAUGCGAUAAGACAUUUAAAAAAGUGGAAACUCUUGGUCUGCAUAUGAAAAAAAUACAUAAAUCAGACGGUGUUAAAUGUAGAAAGUGUUCAAUAAUAUGUUACCAUCCAUUACAUUUACGUGUCCAUGAAAAGUCUCAUAAUAGAUGUCGAAUUUGUAAUUUAUCAUUUUCAACACUCAAAAAAUUAUCAGAACAUAAAUUAACUCACGAAAACGAUUAUGAACCCGAAAUAUUUUGUGAAUUGUGCCCCACAAAAUUUACCAAUAAACACGGUUUAUAUAAACAUAUGCGAUUUGUACAUAAAAUCGAAAAAAUUCGACAACGUCCAAAAUGUGAUAAAUGUGGGGAAACAUUUCAAACAAAACGUACUUUAUUAAAACAUAUACGAAAAAUGCAUAAAGAUGAAAAAAUCAAAUCGAAAGACCAAAUUGUUAAUUGUGAAAUUUGUGGGAAAUCAUUUAAACGACGUUAUUUGGGUAAACAUAUGAUAACUCAUGCGGAACAUGAUAAUUUAGCUUGUGAAUUUUGUGCAAAAAUAUUUAAAUCAAUAUUAACACUUAAAAAUCAUGUAAGAAAUUUUCAUAAGAAUUCAGGACCUGUUUAUAAAUAUUUAUGUAAUCAAUGUGGACUUAAGUUACGUACGAAAUAUCAUUUAGAUAGUCAUUUAUUAACGCAUACCAAAGAACGUCCGUUUGCUUGUGAUAAAUGUGAUAAAACUUAUCGAACAUCGUUUCGAUUAAAAGAACAUAAAUUACGGUUUCAUUUGAAUCAGCGUAAUUUUGUUUGUACAUUCUGUUCGCUAGCGUUUUAUGAUAAGAAAAUCUUAUUAGCUCAUGUAAGACGUCAUACUGGCGAAAAACCGUUUAAAUGUCACAUGUGUGAUAAAAGAUUUAUACAAGAAGUUGCGUUAAAAGCUCAUAUGAAAGUACAUAUGAAUUCAAUGUAG